AUGCAAGAAAAAUUUGGUCAAGUAACUGAUAUUUCUCCCUUACCUCAAGAAUACUUAGAUUUAGAACAACAAGUUGACUCAAUUAAAUUAGUAUAUGACCAUUUCUUGAGAAUUACCACUGUUUAUGAAAAUGAAUCAUAUGAUUACCCAAAGGAUGUUAGAGAUUCUAUAACCGAAUUCCAAAAAACAGCUUCAUCGAGAGUUCAAGAACUUCAAACUAAAAUUAGUAACAGUUCUGAUAACUCACACAGCUCUGGUUCGGUAGAACCAAUGAGAACAAGUGUUUCGUCUGUUGGCUCAAUAAAUAAUUAUAAUCAAAACUCUCCAAGAACGUUAAAUAAUGCAUUGUCAAAAGCUGCUUUAUUUGCUGCUGAACAAUUAAAAAUGGACAAAGAUUCCUCUACUGUCUUUCAUUCAUUCAGUGAAGCUGAAUCUAUUAUUUCUGAUGAAAGAAUUAAGCAAGAUAAGAUUAUUCAAAAGAGUUUUAAUACCGAAUUGAAGAAUGUCUUAACUAAUAGAAUCGAUGUUGCAAAUAAGCAUCGUAAGGAUGUACAAAACAAGAGAUUACAGUAUGAUAUUUCUCGUACCAAGUUGGAUCAUGCCUCUGAAGAUAAGGAAAGCAGUUUAAGAGUUGCUAUGGAACAGCAUAAGCAAGCUUUUGAACAAUCUAUUGAUGAUGCAAUAAUCAUGAUGCACGAAGUUAUUUCUCAUUCUAACUUCAUAACAAAUUUGAAUGAAUUAGCAAUGGCCCAAUUAGAAUACCAUGAAAGAAGUUUUAAAGCUCUUCAAGAUUUUAUUACUACGAUGACAUACAGUAAUUCAGCCUCAUCUACUGCACAUUCAAAUAUUCAAAUUAAUCAUUUAUCCAGUGGUACUGUAGGUAUUCAAAUGGAAAAUUUGGAAGAUUCAGAUAAUAAUGCUGAUAGUGAUAACUUAGAUAAACCACCAAAAAUGCCAAGUAGACGUAACAUCGAAGAAGAACAUCCACCAAAGAUGCCACCAAGACAUGCUACUGGCAAACCUGCAAUUCCAGUUUCUGCAACAUCUACUUCAAUUACUGCUUCCACAAAAGAUUCGUCAGUCAAUAAUUUGACAAAUAAAGUCGAAGGUAUUACUCUAGAAGGAGACGUCUCUGAUCUUGAUGAUGAAGAUGUUAUGUAA